AUGUCCUCACCACCGCCCUACCAACAAUCGCCCAAUCCUUUAAAGCGGCCUUCCAUUUCUUCAGUCUCCUCGCAACCGGUAGGAAAGAAAGCGCGCGUGCACCCACUCCGCCAAACUUCCUUCCCAGCGAACAUGGACACAGCGGAGCGCAGCUUCGGCGCAACCAGCGAUGCCGGCAGCGUGACAGGAAGCUAUACCGGAAGCAUGGGUGGAACAAGCGCGGACGGUGUCUUUGCGGGUGCAGCACGAGGCAAGAAGCGCGGUCGCAAGAGCAAGGCGGAGAAGGAGCGCGAGCGCGAGCGUGAGGAUGCGCUGAGUUCCCGAGCUGGCGAUACAACGCGGAUGGGAUCGGUUGAUGCCGAAGGUUCUGUGAGGGGCGGUAUGGGAGGCGGCGGCGGCGCAGGAAAUGCGGAUGACGAUGACGACGAUGACGAUGAUGAGGGAGAGCUUUUGGGUCGAGAAGAGGGUACCACUGAUACGGAGGCCGAGAAGAAGAAUCUUGCGAUCCUGGUGGAUGCAUUCAAUCGUGAACAAUCAGAUCGAUACAACUUGUUCAAGCGGGCUAAGCUUCGAAAAGAGUCGCUCCGUCGCAUUGUCAACCACGCGCUCUCACAGUCUGUUCCGGCUAGCGUCGUCACGACCGUCAAUGGCUUUACCAAAGUUUUCGCCGGUGAAAUCACCGAGAAGGCACGAACCAUCCAAGCUGAGUGGGCGGAUGCUCACGAUCUCGCCGCCCGUCACGCUUUUGAAGCCGAGGAGGCAGCUGCCGAACAGGUCGCUCAAGCUCGAGCUGACGGUGCCGCUGCGCAGUCCAAGACAGCGACGCCUACACAGUCGGGGACUCCCAUCCCGGGGCCGGGCUCUGAGUCUGCUAUUAAUAAUGGAGUCAAGAAAGAGCCAUCUGACCCAAAUCUCGCCCAUAUCUCAGCAGGAAGCCCUGCCCCCGCCCGGCCUCGCCAGGAAUUCCGACCUCCUCCUAAUCCCCACCGCGGCCAACUUCUUCCCUCGCAUUUGCGUGAGGCGGUGCGACGCAUCAAGCGUGACGGUGAAGGCGGCGGCGUUGGCUAUUCGGGACUGAGUCUGGAAAAUCUCGGUGUUAGAGGUGCUUUUACAUGGAAUUCUGGCAGUGUCGGUGGUCGCAGACUCUUCCGUUAA